AUGGCGCGGCGCCGGCCCUGUCUAAGGAGGAGGCGGCGGCGGGCGGUGCGGCGCCAGCCCUGCCCGGAGUCGCCAGCCGCCAGGAGCGGGGCCGGGGCGCGCUCGGCGGCGCUGCCUGGGGUCGCCAGCCGCCAGGAGGAGCCCGCGGCGCCGGCAGGAGUGGCGGCGGAGGGCGUGGCCGCCCGCAAGCAGGUGACAUACGCCGCCGCGCCCCCGCACGCCCCCAACGGCGAGCCGCCCCCCCUGUGCGACGAGACGCCCAAGGAGCCUCGCGCCCGUUCGCGGACAACUCGGGGAACAAGCUGGAGCUUCCAGACUUUCUCGGGAGCAGGCCCGGCCCACAGGCCUGCUUCGUCACCAGCACCAUCACCACGCCGCACCGCAGGAGAGGAGCGAGAGGCGGGCUUCCGGCCCGGUGCCCCUGCGGGAGCUCGCCAGCCCCAUCACGCCGCGGAUGGCGAGGUGGGCCUGCACGCCGCAGAUGCCGGGCAGCUGCGUCAGCGACGCGCCCUCGGAGUACUUCGAGCCGCUGCUGUCCGCGCUGUCCGUGCGCAGCCGGCGGCCGUCCAGGCGGGCCACGCUGGACGGCAGCGAGCUCGAGGGCGGCGCCUCGGACGAGGCCUGGCAGCAGGCGAUGCAGCAGGAGAGCUCCAGGAGGCUCUGGACAAGAGCCGGGAGCCCCUGAAGACAGGGGAGCUGCUCUAUGACCCGCAGCAGGUGGUUGUUCAAUGCUGGCACCGGCAGCUCUCGGAAACGUACCAGGACUACAACAUGGUGAACAUGGUCGGGGAGGGCAGGUGUGGAUCGGUCUUCGUCGUUCAGCACAAGCAGAGCGAGCAGUUCUACGCCUGCAAGGCCCUCCGAAAGGCCGACCAGGAAGCCGUGGUGCUGCGCCGCGAGAUCGAGAUGCUGCGACAGCUGGACCACCCGAACGUGGUGCGCCUGUACGAGGUGAACGAGGACGACAGCUGCGUCUUCCUGCUCAUGGAGCUGUGCCGCGGGGGCGACCUGUUCACGCGAGUGUACGAGGAGCGGCAUCUGGAGGAGCCCGUCGCCCGGGCCUUUGCCGAGCAGAUGUUCGGCGCGCUGGCGUACUGCCACUGCCGCGGCGUGGUGCACAGGGAUGUGAAGCCAGAGAACUUCCUCCUGGAGGACGAGGGCGAGAGCUGCAUGACCUUGAAGCUGGCGGACUUUGGCAUCGCCACGCGAGUCAGGCCGCUCAAGCUCACGCAGCCAGCGCCGACGCCGGGCACCGUCGACGCCAACGGCACGCUGAGGGGCAGCGUGCCGUACAUGGCCCCCGAGCUCUUCGCGAACCGGUGGAGCUCCCUGGUGCAGGGCGCGGCUGGGCAGACCAAGCUGCUGGCCGCCGGAGAUCUCUGGAGCUGUGGCGUGGUGAUCUACGUCAUGCUCUCUGGCAACCUGCCCUUCGGCGACGACCCCAACUUGAUCCGCCAGGGCCUCCCGCCGGACUUUACCGGGGAGGUCUGGAGCGGCGUGUCCGAGGGCGCCGUCGACCUCAUCACCAGGCUAAUGAAUCCCGACAUCCACGAGCGGUGGACCGCGGAGCAGGCCCUGAGCCAUGGGUGGAUCCGCAGCUCGCCGACGGCGGGGCUUGUCCAGCUGCUGGGCCGCUUUGGCACUGACGCCGAGCUGCCUCUGGACGCCGAGUCGGCGGGCAGCCCGGAGAUCACGCAGGCGCUGGCGCGGGGCAUGCUCCUCUGCUUGCGUCGCUGGCACCGGCUGCCCAGGCUUCGCCGCCUGGCUAUUGCGUGCACCGCCAGGCGCCUGGAGGCGUCGCACCCCUCGCAGAAGCUGGCGCAGCUCCUGUUCCAGACCUUCAGCCGCGGCUGCGCGGAGCUCCGCUGCGAGCAGCUGGCGCAGUCGCUCGACACCGCCCUGCGCUGGGGGGGCCAGCCGGCCGAGGGGAGCGCUGAGCCUUCACGGCCCGUCGCCGCCUCGGGCGGCCGCUGCGUGACCUUCGCCGAGCCCGACGCGGAGGCGGCGCCCGCUGCGGCGCCGCCGGACGGCCAUGUCGAGGCUGGCAGCGGCCCGAGCAUCACCAGGAUGAUGAAGGACGCGGUCAGCUUCGUGAGCAGCAUGGUGCAAAAGAUUCGGCUGGCCCCCCCGCAGGGGGGCCUCGCCGAGCUGCGGCUGCUCGGCCGGGCGCUGGACGGCGCCGGCAGCGGCUCGGUUGACUACACCCUCCUCGUGGCGUCCGUGCUGCCUCCCGAGGUCUACGAGGACCCCCGGCGUGUCGCCGAGGCGUUCGAGCAGUUCGACUUCAAGAGGCGGGGAUCCUUCGGCCCGGAGGAGCUGAAGAUGUACCUCGGCAAGACGAAGAGCAAGGACAGGAACAACCAGCAGUUUUCCGACAUGAUUUCCGAGUUCGACUUGGACGGGGACGGCGUCCUGGACCUGGCGGAGUUCCAGCAGAUGGUCUCCGGACAUAAGGAGAGGUGA